AUGAAUAUAAAUAAUUAUGAGUAUCCUAAGCCUCCCACGGAGAGGCCAAGUAAUGUAAAUGCAUCUGAUAGUGAAAAUGUUAUACCAAAUGUGGCACCAGUUCCUCACAUCCCUCCUCCAGGUGGUAGUGCUAAACGACAGUCUCCAAUGCCACCUCCACCACCAGUAACAACAAACCAUUCGGUUUCCAUUUCAUCUGUAACAGGGCCACACAACUAUAAUCAACCACCAUCCAAUAACCGAGUCCACCCUUCAGCAUCUGCUCUCCCUCCUCCUUCUUCAGCUUCAUUAGUUACUAAUGCUCCUCCCAUGAAUUUUUCAACAUCCUCAUCCAAUCCUUUCAAAAAUGUAGGGGCAUUUUCACAUAAGAAUGUUACGAAGGUUGCUCAUAACAACUCACUUCCCCAUGCAAAUGCACCAUCCAUACCAUCUAGUACUGGUUUGACGUCACCUGCAGUCGUGAGUAAGAUAACCCAACAGGACAGAAUGCCUGUGGGUUUUGGUGCUAACUUAGAAACAACACCUGACAACUCAGAGAGGCCAGAUCAACCUCCACCAACAGCUUACAGAUCAUCCUCUUCACUUCCCCAGCAAGUGCCUGAAAAUCUAGAGGUGGCUCCACAGAAUGAUAGAAAUGAAUAUUUGCAAACAGCACAUUUGUCUGGCAGUGAUUAUGGAGAGAAUACUGAUUUCAGUCGACCUCCACCACCCGGCCCCCGAAGAAUGGGAGUGGGCCAACAAGAAGUCGAAUACAAUCAAAACUUAAAUAUGUCUGGGGAAGAACCUCCACCGGGCUUAGCCCGCAUGGUGCCAGGUCAACAGAAUGAGUCAGAUAAUGCUUAUAAUCAAACAAGUGAAGUGUAUAUGGAUCGUCAUAUUGAUGGUCAACCUACUGACAACAUAGGUAGACCGUAUAGACGGGCCGACGGUCAGCAGACGCCAGAUAAUUAUGCGCAACCUGCGCCUGGUCGAGGAAACGACAGAAGGCCAGUUGGAUUAGACAGGAUGGUUCCCGGGGAACCCAGUAACGAUGAUUAUUCACAGUUUUCAAAUACAAACUAUGGUGCCACUAAUGAACAACGAGUUGUUACUGGUCUCGAUAACAAUUUCCCAAAUUUACCAGAUGUCGGCCUAUCAGAAGUGCGCGAGCAAAAUGUAGAUGGAUCUGAUUAUACCGAAUCAAAUCUAAGGAGCACUUCUCGAAAUGUGAUCGGGGCGCGUGAAGCCAGCAACGCUACAUCCCCCGACUACAGCGUCUCGGUAGAUGACCAGCAGAGGGAAAUAACGAUGGAGGGUGAAAAUUUACAAGACUUGAGUGUCGUGUCGUCGGCCGACAUGUCGUUCAGAGAGCACCCGUACGAUAGCACUAAUGUAAACGUCGAGACAGGUCUGGAAAGGAAUGAUGCGGCUAUCUCCAUGGAGUUCGCAUCUAAUAAUUCCCGCAGACAAUCAAUUAAUCGCACUUCAGGGGAGGACACAGAGGGCGACAGGUAUAAGGCGUCGCCGCGUAAAGACAGGGACAAACAUAAAGCCUCGAGCCGCGACAAGGAGAGAAACAAGGACGGCAGAUACCCUCGAGACGAUCGAAAAUACGAACGAGAACCCGAACGACGUUCGGCGAGAGACGACCGGCGCCCGGAGAGGGACAGGAGGGACAAGGACAGGGAGAGGGUCCGGAGGGACGAGAGGGACGAGAGCCCGGAUGCGCGCCGUCACCGCCGCAGCACACGCAGCCAUCGCUACGAGACCGAGGACACGGACUACUACAGCGAUAGGGAGAGAGAGCGCAGGAGAUACCGCGAAGGCUCGCACGCGUCGAAGCCGCCGCGCGGCGACGACAAGGAGCGGCGCUACGAGGAGCGCGAGCGUAGCAAGCGCUACGGCACGCUGGAGCGCGACCGCCGCUACGACGAGGAGCGCCGCAGCCGCCGCUACGAGCGCCGCUACCGGGACAUCGACCCCACCAGGAAGCACGGCACCGUGCGCCGCGAGCGGGACGAGGACGACAGGAGGCGAGUCGUGACAUUUUCGGGCGACGCUAAGUCGGAGUCCAGCAAAGGUGGAGACAACUAUUCGUCCGGAUCGCGCGCGGGCUCGCGCGAGGCGACCGCUACUGACGAGGAUGCAGACGAGCCGAGACGCCGGCACCGGGAGGAGAGACGGCGGCACAGGACCAGACCCGAUCCUUAUUAUGACGUGGCGGAGUACGGCGCGGCGUACGGCGGCGCGGACCCGUACGCGGCGCAGCGCCAGCAGUACGAGUACUACGAGCGGCUGCGGCGCACUGACCCGGCCGCCUACAUGCGCCUCUACAAGCAGAUCAUGGCGGGCGCCGUGCCCGCCGUGCCCGCAGUUCCCGCCGUGCCGGGACAGCCGCAUUACAGAUACCCAGGCUACCCGGGUGCGGGCGGGUACGACGCGCGCGGCGACGAGCGCGCCAGCGUGCACUCGGGCCGCUCCAGCGCCAACCCCCUCAAGGGACACGACGGGUACUACGGCGCGGGGUCGCUGCGGGCGCCGCUCUCGCUGCGGACAGAUUUCUCUGACAGGGAUCUGACGACGGACGCGUCGCUGAACCUGCAGCUGGAGGAGUCCACGGUGCGCUCCGAGCGGAUGACGCCCUUCAAGUACUCCACUGCGCAUAUCAAGGGCACGCUGGGCGCGGGCGCGCUGGUGCUGGUGCGCGCGGCCUGGCCGGCGGACGGGCGGCCCGCGCCGCUGCGCGUGCUGCCGCUCGCCGCGCUGCUGCACGCCGACCCCGCCGCGCUGCGCCUGCGCGCCUUCCCCGGCCCGCUGCUCAGAGGUGUGACCCACAAGAAGAGCGUGAUAGACUACUGCACGAGCCGCUUGCGGGCGGCGGCGCGCAGCGAGGAGGCGCGGCCCGACCCCACGGGCUACGCGCUGCUGUGGGACCUGCUCGCGCUGCUGCUGCGCCAGAACGGGGUGGUGAUGGGGUCUGACAUCGCGGAGCUGCUGAUGAAGAACACGAAGGAGUACGAAUACAAGCCGCCCUCCGUCGCCAGCGGACCCUCUGACUCUCGCGUAGCCUCAUCCGCGAGUUUGCACUGCGACGACGACGCGACAAACGCCGAGACUGCGGACCCUGCACUGGUAACUGACGCAGUGGCGGCACCAGAAACUGUGGUGGAUGAAAAGCAAGCGGUGGACCGCUACAGAGAGUUGCUGCUGUACGGAAACCAGCAGGAGGCGCUCGAGUGGGCAAUGAGCACGGGGCAGUGGGGCCACGCGCUGGCGCUGGCCGCCGGCGGCGAGCGGCGCAUGCGGGCCGCCGUGCUGGCGCGCUGGCUGCGCUCCCUGCCCGCCGCCGACCCGCUGCACACGCUCUACGCGGCGCGCCACGCGCGCACCCCGCCCGCCGCCACCAUUCUGCAGGUAUCCCUGGACUACUCUUAUUAG